GCGCCGGGCUCGCCCCCGCCGCUUCGGGCGGGCGCGCCUAUGGCGUUUUUAAGGUGACGCUGCCCACACCGACUUUUCCCGGGGCGGGGGAAACGCCUAUGAACCUUUCAGCGACCUUCCUCGCCGGCUGCCAGAACCUUGGGUCAGAAGUUGAGAUUUCCACUAUUGAGAAACAACGGAAAGAACUGCAGCUGCUAAUUGGAGAAUUAAAAGAUCGAGAUAAAGAGCUCAAUGAUAUGGUUGCAGUACAUCAAAGACAACUUCUUUCGUGGGAAGAGGAUCGGCAGAAAGUGUUGACUUUGGAAGAACGUUGCAGCAAAUUAGAAGGUGAGCUACAUAAAAGAAGUGAAAUAAUCAGGUCACUCAUAAAGAAAAUAAAAACCCUUGAAUCCAAUCAAAAUGAAUGCCAAAUGGCUCUUCAAAAAACUCAACAACAACUCCAGGAGAUGGCUCAGAAGGCAGCCCAUGCCUCUCUCCUCUCUGAAGACCUUGAGGCUAGAAACCAAAAUCUCAGCAACACGUUAGUGGACCUUUCUGCCCAGGUAGGACAAUUGCAAGCUCGGGAACAGGCACUCACUACAAUGAUAAAGCUAAAGGACAAAGAUAUCAUCGAGGCAGUCAAUCACAUUGCAGACUGUUCGGGUAAAUUUAAAGUGUUGGAACAUGCAUUGCGUGACGCCAAGAUGGUGGAGACUAGUAUUGUGAAAGAAAAACAAGAUUAUAAGCAGAAAUUAAAAGCACUUAAGGUUGAAGUUAGUAAACUAAAAGAGGAGCUGAAUGAAAAGACAACAGAAAAUAACGACCAGCGAGAAGAGAUCAUUCGCCUCAAGCAAGAGAGAAGUUACCUGCAUGAUGAAUUGGUUUUUACUGUAGAAAGAGAGAAGAGGAAAGACGACUUACUUGAUAUUGCAAAAUCAAAGCAAGAGCGGACAAACACUGAACUGCAUAAUCUGAGACAGAUUUACGUAAAACAACAGCGUGAUCUGCAGUUUCUUCACGUUAAUGUGGAAAAUUCUCAGGAAUUAAUACAGCUGUAUGACUCAAAGGCGGAGGAACCAAAGGCCCUGGAAUCUGGCAGAGACAUGUGUUUAUCAGACCUUGAAAAUAGCCACUCAAAAGACGAUGUUAAGAGGGAGAAAGAUCAGAAGUUACUGGUUAAGGACCAAAAAUUUGAGACCAUGUUGGUUCAGCAAAAUAGGUCAGACAAGAGCUGUUACGAUGUAUGCAAAGAGAAGAGACUACAGGUUAACACCUCAUUUGGGGAAAAAAGUGUAACAGCUGUCUCAUCUCUGUUUACGAAAGACUCAGUGGAGAAACAAAAGUCUUGGUCUCUGGGAGGAAAAAUCCAGAUUGAACCUGAAAACAAAAGUACACUGUGCAAGAUCCAUGCAAAAUCAGCAAAAGAUACUGAAAUUGGGAUUCUGAACAGGGAGAAACAGCUGUCUGAAUCAUCUUUAGCUGAUGAAAAGCAGUGGCACAACUUCAAUGUUUACUUGGGCCUGGCCAACUCUUCUGGCUCCAAACCACCCGAAAAGCUGAACGUUGAAUGUCAAGAUCAGAAGGACAGGCCUGAGAUCUCAUAUUGCCAGAACAAUGAGGCCUGUCUGAGUGAAAGUGACAUUUGUGAUGAAUCUAGGUGCUGCCACCCUAGUAACCUCGUAAUUGAAGCCCCAGGCCACAUGUCUGAUGUCCAGUGGAUGAGCAUUUUCAAGCCUUGUAAAGUAGGAAGAAUUGUUCGCCACAAACCCACGUGCACUUGUUCAGAAAGUGUCAGUGGAGCAAAAUAUAACUCCUCGGCAAGUGAGCCAGUUGUCAGCAUCCAUCAUCCUGCAUGUCUGGGUUCUUCCAGUUCUACCCUAAGAGGGGAGGAGAAGAUCAUAGAGACAGACUCCUCUGCGGAUAGAAAGAGCUCUUCCAAGACUUUGUUAAUCGACCAGGAUGCAGCCUUGCCCAGUGAGAAGAUCAACAGGGGCUUACCAUCUGAUAUUAAAUGAGGAACAGGAGUAAUACGCUUCAGUUCAGCAAAUUUAAUUUUUACGAAGUUUCAUUUCUGCAGUAUGUUUUUUCCAUCAAGAGCCUGAAGGAAGGCGGAGUCAUCGGGACAGCGGUUCUCAGGGCGUGUUGUCUCUACCAGCAGCGUCAGCAUCCCCCAGGAACUUGUUGGAAAUGCACCUUCUCAGGCCCACCCAUGGCCUCCUGGGUUAGACACCCGGGUGGGGCCCAGCUGUUGUGCUUUCCCAAGCCUUCCAGGUGAUUCUGAAGCUCGCCUAGUUUGAGGACCUCAGAUUUAGGGAAAGACAGACUGGCCUCAACUAACAGCAUCCCAUCUUGUGGUUUUCAGCCUUGUGGCCGAGGCUUCACAGCUGUACUGUUUUUAUAAUACUAGCUGCCUAGAGGGCAGGCCCCUGGUCAGGGUUUCUUCGCUGGAUUAUUUUAUUUCACCAUACUCAGAGUGGCUUCCUUUAUGUUUUCUUUAAACGUUAGCUUUAGGCAAGGCUUCCCUCAGGCCCUCCAGUUGAUUGAUCGAUUGUUUUUAAAUAAAUAUUUUUAAACAUACAAAAAAUGAAGAAUAUAACAACACCUGUGCACCUACAGUCAAAUUGAACAAAUGUUUACAUUUUGCUACGUUUGCUCUGUUUUUAUUUUUAAAGAAAUGAAAUGUUACAGCUAAAGUCUUCCAUGCUUAUGAACGCCUACCAGAUAUACAGAGGGACAGACAGACAGGGAGGCCGUGGUGCUUCACUGGUAGAAUUCUCACCUCCUUCCCACGUGGAAGACCCGGGUUGAUUCCUGGCCAGUGUACCUCAAGCACAGCCACCACCCGUCUGUCACUGCUGGCCUGCACGUUGCUGCGAUGCUGAACAGAUUUCAGCAGAACUUCCAGACUAGGAUGGACUAGGAAUAAAGGCCUGGAAAUCUACUUCAGAAAAGUCAGCCAGUGAGAACCCUGUGGAUCACAGCGGUCCAAUCCCACUGUGCAUAGGUUGGCCGUGACGGGGGCCCGACUCAACCGCACCUAACAACAACAUACACACACAUGCUAUAAUGUUGUUUUAUGAAUUUUUAAAAUAUGUAAAUGGUAUAAUACUGUGUGUAUCCUUUUGCAAUAUGAUUUUUCCAACUUUAUCAACAUUUUGUGACAUUUAUCCAUGCUGACACACGUAGACCUAGUUUGUUCACUUUAAUUGCUGGCUGAUUAGUUGUUUUUUCCCCGUGUUUUGAUGGUUUAGAUUGAGUGGAUACAGCACUGUUUGUCCGAGCCCCCACCACAGGCAGUGAGGGUAUGUCUGCUGCUCUUCCUGUUAGAGACGGUGCUGCAGAGAACGUCCAUGUUCUUACAUAACAAGGAUUUCCCUGAGGACGUUACCUUCAGCCAGUGUCUUCAUCAUAAACAGUGUCUUCACUGCAGCUCAUUCACAAAUAAAACAAAUUCGAGUAAACUUACUCACUUUUGAUGUUAUUUUGGGAAGAUCAUGGCGUUUGAAAUCAGACUUAUUUGGGUUCAAAUGCCUUUUCUGCUUGCUCUUAGCUCUGUGACCUUCAUAAAAUUAGUUAAUUUCAUUGCGUCUCAGUUUCUUCAUCUGCAAAUAUGCCAUGACGUCACAGUUGCUUGGUCUAAGUGAGGUAACGUAGGUAAUGUAGGGUCUGCCCCACGAUAGGUGUUUGAUAAGCAUUAUUUCUCUUUGUUAGCAUUGCACAGAGAUGAAACUGGCACAGUGAUAAAAAGAGGUAUAGGCCAGCCAUACCUAGAGAACGUUAUCUCAUAGGAUUGAAUAAUCAGCUAAAACUGCUCUGUCAAUUGAAAACAAAGCUAUAAAUAUAUGGCAUACUAGCACGUGGAAAGAUACUCAACAUCAUUAGUCA